GACUAACAACAAUUUAUAGAUAUAUCAAGAAGUUAAAAUGUACGUUAGGAAGAACUACUUGAAAAAUCCAUCUAUCUAUUAAGAUAUGAAACCUGUAUUAACAAUUCGAAUUCUUCCUUACAUUUGGACUUGAUUUAUGCAUGCAUCCCGUAUUGACGAGGAAAAGCAUAUAGAUUAGACGCCUCCAGUACUGAUGAGGAAAACAUAUAUAGAUUAGACAAACUACAAAAUAAACUUCCCGAAAUUUGUUUGUAUUAAUUACAGUAAAGUACCCGUUAUUAAUCAUUUAUUGGUGAAGUAUGUCACAGUGGAUGUGUGAUGGGUGUACCUUUUUGAAUGAACAUUGGAGAAAUAAGUGUAAGGUGUGUAAGAGUUUAAAGAGCAACGAAGAUUAUGGCGCCUCUGGUGGUGGAAACGAAUCUGAAGGCAGACCAGGAUCGUGCAAAAAGAAAAAUUGGACUUGCCCUCAAUGUACAUUUAUUAACCAAACAAUGAGUAACAGAUGUGGAGCGUGCCGUAAAACGUCUGAAGGAUGUGACCCAGUGAAGAAAAGAUAUAGCAACAAAACUUACUCGCCAGUCGGCACAGAAGAUGAUGAAACUCGAAUAGUACUUAUUGGACGGACAGGCACUGGGAAAAGUGCAACAGGAAAUAAUCUUUUGGGUCGCGAUCAUUUCCGAUCCCUUACUUCCGGUUCUUCAGUAACAGAAAAAUGUAAACGCGGAGAAUCAAAACGAAAAGGGAAAAAAGUUGUUGUUGUUGAUACACCGGGUUUAUUCGACACGGGAGCCACAAAUGAAACUGUUACCAGGGAGAUAAUUAAAUGUAUCGGAAUGACGUCACCAGGACCUCACGCAAUGGUCCUUGUUGUUAGUGUUGGUCGAUUUACUAAGGAAGAACAAGAUACAGUCAAACAUUUUGUUGACCAUUUUGGUGAAGGUGUUCUUGACCAUAUGAUUGUACUUUUCACCAGAAAGGAUGACCUUUCAAAAUCGAAUCAAACGAUUGGCCAAUACGUUAAAACUGUCCCGAAAGAACUAAAAACUAUACUGAGUCAGUGCGGAAAUAGAUUCAUUGCGUUUAACAAUGACGCGGUUGGACAGUCAAAAACAGAGCAAGUUGAGGACUUUUAUGAAAUGGUAGAGUCGAUGUGCAAUGACAAUGGCGGAUCUUGUUAUACAAACGAAUUAUACAAGGAAGCAGAAUCCGCACUACAGAGGAGGAUGCGUAUAGAAAGGGAAGUAUUGGAAGAGCAAAAGGAAAAAGAAAAAGAAAAGAUAAGAAAUGAAGUACAAUUUAAAUACAAAAGAAAACUUGAACACGAAGCAAAGGAGAAAAGUAAAUUGGAAAAUGCCUUAAAAUCCAAGAAAAUAGAAUCUGAGAAAGACAAAUUAAAUCUACAGAAACAACUUGAAGAAGCCGGUCAAAAACUGAAACGGGAGUUAGGGAAAAAGGAAAAGGAAUUACGGGAGCAAAUAAAGAAAAAGGAAGAUGAAUUCAAACAAAAAAUGACCGAAGAUGCGUUAAAAACUAAUCAAAGAAAUAACGUUGAAAACGAAAAAGGCGAUUUUUUUUCUGAUCUUAUGGGAGGAUUAGCUAAUGUUGGUAAAAAACUUUUCAAAUUAUUUUUUUAAAUAGGUUGACAGCACAAAAUGAAUAAAAUUCAAAUCCAGAUUAAAUAGAAGUUGUACUUAC